AUGUAUAUUCUAAAACGAGUGGAAUCAUCAAGAGCUAUGGCAAACAAUAUUGCGAUACUAAAAAACGAUGUUUUUGUUUUCCGUAAACCGCCCGGGUAUUUCCGCCACCUACUUUGGUUGUGACGUCACAGGCACUCAACGCGCAUGACUCGGAUACACGUCCAUUGUUAUUACGAAUCGAAGCGUGAACAAAUCGCGCUUAAUGUCAAAUUUGACACUCAAUAGAUCUAUCAUGUUAGCAUAAUACAAUUCUUUAACACAAGUUUUAUUGAAAUCGUGUGCUUUCUCUGUAUUUUUUGCAUGACAAUCGUUAUUCGAUAUGGUUCAGUGUGUUGCUUUCGGGUGCAAAGAACGUGAGGAAAAGGGAAAGAAGGUUUUUUUUCCGUUUUGCGAAGGAUGAUGUUACUUGUAAGAAAUGGAUAAAGGCAGUAAAUUCCAGGAGCCUAUUCUAAAAGGAACCGGACCCAUAUUCAUCAUGUGUGGAAGAGUCUGUGAAGAAAUGUCUUGUGAACAGUCGCCUGUUCGGAUCAGUUAUCCUGAAUCACAUUUUGAUAAUGUGUAUUCGCAGUCAUCACAGACAUCUGAGAUGGUUGUAUUUCGGCCAACAGAACAUAAGGGAUUCACUGUCAAACCACAGGGAAAGGACUCUCCUAUCCUAAACUAUGUUGAUGAACUAAUGGCAGAGCUGCUUAGGAUGAAAGAGGAGUACAAGAGCGAUGCCAAUGCAAGUGCUGCCUCUGGCAACAUUCUGUUUUCACCGCCACCCCUGUCUUCAUCUGCAAACAGAAUCCUGAAGUCAGAGGCUGUGCAGAACCAUCGUUCGCGAUUUAAUUAGCGAACAGGGAUGGAAAUUAGUGGUUGCCCGUUUUGUUGUAUAGUUAUCUAUUACUUUUAAAGAAAGUAUUGGUUACACAUGACACUACAUGUACAUAGUACUGGGCGCGUUGAGGCUUACGAUGGGAAACCAAAAAACUAUAGAUGGUUGUCCAUGUGGGCAACUAACUGUAAAACGUUAGUUUCCAUCCCUGGCGAAGCAAAAUCCAAUGUAUGAGUCGGACGGAAAUCUCUGGCUGCCACAGUGCAUGACGGAAGAGGUCGUCGGUCCUUCUUGCUCAGACGGUGCCAAAUCCAACGAGCCAGUCUUCUAUAUGCAAUGAAUCUGUAUACUCUGAAGUUAUAAAUGUAUAAGGAUACCAUUAUGAUAAAUAUUAGUAUGUUUAGUAAAACAAAGGUACUUUUCAACUUGACAAUUACACAAGCCAUGCUGUGGCAGAUUCUUACUUAAGUUUACAGUUUAACAAACUUAUUCAGCUUGAAUAUAAUAUUAUAUAAUAAUAUUUUACUGAACAUAUGUCAGAAAUCAGAUUUUGUAAGCAACUUCACAUCAUGUUGUAGCAGGUUGUUAUUAUAGUGUACUUUUUAAAAAAUUAAACAGCUUGUAUUUAUAUUUUUAUUUCAAAUGUUGAAAAAUAAUAAUGAACUGGCAUUUGUAAGUAACCAAAAAUCAUUGUAUAGCAAAUUGAUACUUCAUUUUACAAUUAGAUAACCCAGUCAUCUUGUAUACUCGCGUAUUUUAAUGUUGAUUAAAAUUGUUGUCUUUUUUAUGUUAUUUAUCCACCGCCAGAGGCGGAGGGAUAUUGUUUUGGCGUUGUCCGUCCGGCCGGCACUUUUGUGUCCGGAGCCAUAUCUUGGAAGUGCUUUGGCGGAUUUCAUUGAAACUUGGUAUGAGUAUAUAUAUGCAUAAGAGGAUGAUGCACGCCAAAUGGCAUUGUACACCAUCUGUUAAAAACAGAGUUAUGGCCCUUUGUAUCUUGAAAAAAUGCUUUUUACUUUAGGCACUUUUGUUUCCGGAGCCAUAUCUUGGAAGUGCUUUGGUGGAUUUCAUUGAAACUUGGUAUGAGUAUAUAUAUGCAUUAGAGGAUGAUGCACGCCAAAUGGCAUUGUAUACCAUCUGUUAAAAACAGAGUUAUGGCUCUUUGUAUCUUGAAAAAAUGCUUUUUACUGUAUGCACUUUUGUGUCCGGAGCCAUAUCUUGGAAGUGCUUUGGCAGAUUUCCUUGAAACUUGGUACGAGUAUAUAUCCCCCGCCAGAGGCGGAGGGAUAUUGUUUGGCGUUGUCCGGCUGUCCGUCCGGCUGCCCGUCUGUCCGGCACUUUUGUGUCCGGAGCCAUAUCUUGGAAGUGCUUUUGCGGAUUUCAUUGAAACUUGGUAUGAGUACAUAUAUUGAUAAUAGGUUAAUGCACGCCAAAUGGCAUUGUACACCAUCUGAUAAUAACAGAGUUAUGGCCCUUUGUAUCUUCAAAAAAAUGCUUUUUUAGUGUCAAAUAAAGCACUUUUGUGUCCAGAAGUAUAUAGGCGGGGGAUAUCAAUUCAACGAAUUUGCUUGUUUUAUUAUUUGUAUCAAAACAUAUUUACAGUAUGAAAUACAAAUGACAAGUUCACACAAAA